UUUUAUCAACCUGAUAACCGAACGUCACGUACACGGAAUGGAUCCAUCGAACCGCUAUAUAUAGCCGCUCAUCUGAUCAAUACAAUACAAUCUGAACGAUGCAAUAUAGAACACUCGAGAACACUUUCAUUUUUCUUGAUCGAUUCCUUCAUAGGUACGCAAGAAUGAGCCUCCUAACCUCUGCUUCAUUUUUCUUAGUUGCCAUUUCAAUUGCCGUCUGCUGGGCCGGACUUGACGCAAGCCAAAAUCGUUUAUCUGAUGUCGAUCCUCGUUCAGCUCGGACCCUGUUGAGCAACAACUUUGAGAGUGGAUCCGCCGAUCCUUGGUACGACAAUUCGCCAUCCAGCGUCCACUGGAUUGUCGAGGAUUUCUAUUAUCCUGCUGAAGUCAGCAAUCCGCCUCCCACUCCUUUGUCAGGUACCAAAUACCUGCGAGCCACCCGCAACUCCCAAUUGUCUGCGGCCUUCUCAUAUUGCGCUCAGAGGCAUUCACGGCCCUGCCCGGUGACACGAUAACGUUCAAAUUUUGGAUUCGGUCCAGAUUCGACAGUGGCAACGUUUUGGAGCUUGUGAUUGCUGCUGGUGACGUUGAAACGACAUUGCUUACAUUGACGAGUUAUUCAACAGCAUCGAAUUUAAACUGGCGCCCAGCCUCUACCUCUCUCCGCGUGUCAGAACCAACCGAUGUGACGUUGAUUUUUUAUGGGUACUGUGGAUCAAACAACGAAGAUGCUAUCACCAUCGAUGACAUUGUGCUUGAAACUCACGACAUCUCUACAACUGAGAUGGUGACAACUACUACUACACCGACCACUACUACACCGACUACUACUACACCGACAACUACUCCACCUACUACUGCUACACCGACCACUACUACACCGACUACUAGUACACCGACCACUACUACACCGACCACUACUACACCAACUACUACUACACCGACCACUACUACACCUACUACUACUACACCGACUACUACUACCCCAACUACUACUACAUCCUCAUCGCCAGUUCGACGGACAGUGGUAUUCAUCUACAGGACAAGGCAAAAUGGGCAAGACAUGUUCAUUCGAGGUGGAAUCGAUGACAAAGUUGUUCGUCCUGUCUGCAUGGAUGACCAAGAUGCAGAGUCCUCAAAUUGCUCCGUUUCUAUUCAAGUAAACUCUUUGGGUGUUGGCGCACCCUGGGAAUCAUACGAUGCCUGGAGAAUCGGCGAUACCAAACUUGACUGGUUCGGAGCUCAGGCAGGACAAGGAACCUACAUGGAUAGUUCCGCUUUCGGUACGCCUUUGGCCUGGACUACAAGUAAUUCUAUUUUACCGGAAUAUCAAGAACUGAACAAAUGGGGAGAUCACUAUCAUAUGGUGGAUUUUGACAUGGAUUGCUCAGAGACCGUAAACGGCUGGUUUGAUGUCAAAGCGUUCAUCACGAAUUUUGCAUCCGGAUGGGAAACUGACAUUAUUCAAUCACCAUGCACUGGGACAGGAGCUCAUGGCCUUCCACCUUAUUCUGGCACCAAAAAUCACAUGGCCCGUUGCGGUUACGUCAAUAAAUUCAGUUUUGGCGGUGGUGAUUGCGAAAUCAAUGAAUUUUAAUUUGGUGUAUCAUUAGCAUUAUUUCUUCCAUUUUGUGUGUGACUUAAUCUUUGGCAAGCGGAUGGGUAUUAAACAUUUGGUUUUAGUUUGGUCCACUCAAUAAAUCCAAUUUCGUUCCA